AGCCGUCUUUCGUCUGUACGUCGUUUCCAAUACUCAACGAUUAACUGGUUCAGUACGAACUGUUUUUGCGAUGCGUUGGGGCAAUAAACAAUACUGUAAUGCAAUUUUAUUUGCUUUGGUACAGUAUCGUGUUCAUUCCUUUACAAGCGCAUCGUUUGCAAACUCUGUCUGUACGACUCAACUAAGCCAACGGUCUGUUAAUAUUCACCAGAACAUAGAUUGACCAUGUUGGAAGAGAACAAAAUCGACACUAUUGUUCGCGAACCAGAACCGGUCGUAGUAUCUGAGAUCAACUAUGUUGUGAGCAAAGAAGAAGUAGAAAUGGAUAGGGAGAUGAUGCAGAAAUGUCGUGAUCUAUGUGACGAACGAAUUUUGCUAAAUCAUCGAUUGGUUGAAUUGCAGCAUGAAUUGAUCAAAAUUAGAAAAGAGGACUCGGUUCUGAAAAUGAAAUCGACAGUAACAUUGGGUAACAUGCAACUAGAAUUUGACUCUAUUCGGGAAGACAAACAAUUCUUUAUCGAAAAACGUGUUGAUCUCGAGAAGAAACUUCGGGCCUUUGAGGACUCCUCUAGAUUGAAAGAAGUCGAGUUGGAUGCCUUGCAAUCCGCGAUUGAUGAGACACGAGUCAUAGGAACAAUUGAUUGCAGAUAACAAGAUUCAUAGGGACAGCGAAGCAAAUCGAAACAUACAAAAUCAAAUACACGACGUCAGCGAACUUGCUACGGCAUUCUUUCGCCUUGAGGACUACUCUAGAUUGAAAGAAGUCGAGUUAGAUGCCUUGCGAUUCGCGAUUGAUGAGAAGUGCAGAUAACAAGCUACAAAGGUACAGCGAAACAAAUCGAAACAUACAAAAUCAAACACAUGACGUCAGCGAACUUGCUACGGUCUUGAUUCCUCCUCCAAAUCAUAGCGCGUAACAUUCUAGGAUUCUGACAGAGUAGGAAAACUCGAACAUGCGAAAGAAUCAGUGAUGCCGUUUCUCAAACACCAAACACAACGAGAUAGAAAUUCGGAUGCGKGGCAUCGUUUUUCGUCGGUUUGAACCAAAAUGAAUCUGAAGUCCAGCUUGCAUGUUGCCAACUCUGAGGCACUGCAUUCUGGGUAGAUCAACGCGAUGAUUUGCUCACUUAAGAUGCUUUGGAUCGCUUAAAACGAUCCCUCUCGAUCUUAAAUUCUUCGGAUGGACGAACUUUUCUGUGACUGUUGGCACAAGAUCCCUGAGAAUCUUACUGUUGCAAUGGACAACUACGAAGUCUUUAGGUCAUUUCCAACGUGUAUGGGUCAUUUUUUUCACAACAUCACUUCAACAAAAAUCGCUUUGAUUGUACAUCUUCUCAGCAAUACGAGAUACUCAGGUUUCGCCAAGAAAUUAGAAAUGGUGAUAAAUACUGUAUAUUAUCAUAGAAUGAAUGACAACAACAUUGGACUGUUGAUCUUGGCAAUUUUAUGUACAAAACGUUUCAGUGUCAUAGGUUGAUGGUGAAAAUGUUCUCCUACUAUGAUGCUGUGUCAAAAUAAAUCAUUGAACAAUACAUAAUAUAACACCAACAAUCUCUUUUUCUGGCCCUGCUGUCUGAGCACUGAAUAAGAAUAUUUUCCUUGACAAAUCUUCUUCAGUUUUUCUCGUUGGUAUCAUACACUCAACAAGAAGAAGCUAAAGGAUUGAAGUAAAAAUAUCUGUCAAGAAUACAUGUUUAUUGAAGACCGAGAAGAGGAACAGGAACAAGAAGAAGCAACAAUAAAAAGAAGAAAGAAGAAGAACUAUGUAACACAAACUGUUUUCAUGGUUCUGCAUGAAUUCUGCGCUAAAUAGCCCUUGAGUAUCAUAGUUACCCUCUGUUAGACCUGGGUUGCAUUGAAUUUUCAUAGUACUAAAUGCCAAGCAUAGCAUUGCACUAUAAAUUCAAUAUUCCAUCCUACUAUUCUGACUAUGUGCACAUCAGCACUAACAGCUCAGCUGCAAUGGAACACUUUUGCACACACAAAAAUUAUACAAUGACAACUAUGUUCCUCUAAGCAGCAUCACCAGUUUAACUCUACAAAAUAAUGCUCACAUGUCAGCACACACAAAAAUUAUACAAUGACAACUAUGUUCCUCUAAGCAGCAUCACCAGUUUAACUCUACAAAAUAAUGCUCACAUGUCAGCACACUCCCACCUCCUUACAACAGCUCCUGCACCAAACACCAUCCUUAUUCUCAGCUACCCUCCAAGGUGCAAUGGGGUAGUCCCCCAAGUUAAGAGUGUACUGCAGAUGGUGCUACAAAAAGGACAAUGAAACAAAGAAGCAAGAGAUCCAUGUUGUAUUUGGCAACAAGAAGGAGGAAGUGUUGUGUUGGAACAGUUACUUCAAGACAACUUCUUUGUCAUUUUAGUGACAAUAAGAAAUGUUCCUAUCAUUACCAAUGUUGCCUUGGUGGACCAGUAGAUUUUAUAAUCUCUUUGUUUCACCUCAACAAUGUACAAUCAUAUAUGGCUUAGAAAUUUGUAGGUAUGUUUGACCCAAUGUUUCAACCAAUCAAGGGAAAUUUAUUUGGGGAAGAACUCAACAACAUCACUUCACAUUUUGACCCCAACAUUUGCCCUUUACAGAAAGACAAUGCUCACAGUAAAUCUAGCCACACAGA